UUUAACCUAAAUAGAUUAGUUAUUGUUCAGGUGGCGGCCUAUAAGACCCUUGUAUCGGAAUUUGCGGUGUUCGACCGGUGGUUCGCGUCGGUGCCGGCGUCAACUCAACCGAACCGGCUCUACGUUCACUCCGCCACAUCUCACGGCGCCACCUCAAAUAAUGCGUCGCUGUUAGCCAAAGGUUAUCCGCAGAGAACAAUCUUCGAGAACCUUGACGAUGCCGGAAUUAACUUCGGAAUAUACUACCAGAAUAUUCCGGCGACUCUAUUCUACCGGAAUUUGCGUAAGCUCAAGUACAUUGGGAAGUUUCAUCCCUAUGAUCUCACCUUCAAAAAUGAUGCUAAAUCAGGAAAGUUGCCAGGGUAUGUUGUGGUGGAGCAGAGGUACAUGGAUUCAAAGCUACAGCCAGCGAACGAUGAUCAUCCAUCGCAUGAUGUAUAUCAAGGACAGAUGUUUAUGAAGGAGGUGUACGAAACCCUAAGGGCGAGCCCACAGUGGAACCAAACCCUUCUCGUGAUCACGUACGACGAGCACGGAGGGUUCUUUGAUCACGUCCCUACACCUGUCAGUGGGGUCCCUAACCCUGAUGAAAUCAUAGGAGAACCGUUUGAUUUCAAGUUUGAUAGAUUGGGUGUUAGGGUUCCUACAAUUAUGAUCUCUCCUUGGAUUGAAAAGGGCACAGUUGUUCAUGAUCCUAAUGGAUCGCCGUUUCCGACGUCGGAAUAUGAACAUUCAUCGAUUCCGGCGACGGUGAAGAAGAUAUUUGAUUUGCCAUCACCUUUUCUUACUAAAAGGGAUGAAUGGGCUGGCACUUUUGAACACAUUCUACAAAUUAGGAAGGAGCCCAGAACUGAUUGCCCUGAGAAACUUCCAACUCCAACAAAGAUCAGAAAGGCAGAAGCAAAUGAAGAUGCAAACAUAAGUGAAUUCCAACAAGAAUUAGUGCAACUCGCGGCGGUUCUAAAAGGUGAUCAUCUCCUAACAAGUUACCCAGAAAAGAUAGGCAAGAAAAUGACUGUAAGAGAAGGGAAAGCUUAUAUGGAAGACGCCGUAAAACGCUUCUUUGAAGCUGGAUUUUCUGCCAAGAAAAUUGGUGUUGAUGAAGAGCAGAUUGUGCAAAUGAGGCCUUCUCUCACUACAAGAUCAUCUACUAAUUUGCACCCUUAAAGAUGUACUAAGAAAUAUUCAAACGAAAUGUACAAAUAUACUAAGAUGUGGUAUUGUUGAAGCCAUGAUAUGAUGUAAUUAUAUUACUCCUGUUACAAUUAUAAGUGUUGAAAGCUAUGUUA